CAGAGCCACCCACAGCGUCCUGUUGAGCGCCGACCUUCCAGCACCUCCCCACUCCCAGCGCCCAGUGCUCUUGCUCCUUCAGGGACAACCAUCAUGUCUCGCCAGUCAAGUGUGUCCUUCCGAAGUGGGGGCAGCCGCUCUUUCAGCGCCGCCUCUGCCAUCACCCCAUCUGUCUCUCGUACCAGCUUCAGCUCGGUGUCCCGCAGUGGUGGUGGUGGUGGUGGCAGAGUCAGCCUUGGGGGUGCUUAUGGAGCAGGUGGCUACGGCAGCCGGAGCCUGUACAAUGUGGGGGGCUCCAAAAGGAUUUCAUUCAGCUCCGGCGGUGGCAGCUUCAGGAACCUAUUUGGUGCUGGUGCUGGAGGCGGCUUUGGCUUUGGAGGAGGAGCCGGCAGCGGCUUUGGCUUCGGUGGUGGAGCCGGCAGUGGCUUUGGCUUCGGUGGUGGAGCUGGCUUUGGUGGUGGCUAUGGGGGCGCGGGUUUCCCCGUGUGCCCCCCUGGAGGCAUCCAAGAGGUCACCGUUAACCAGAACCUCCUCACCCCUCUGAACCUGCAAAUCGACCCCACCAUCCAGCGGGUGAGGACUGAGGAGCGCGAACAGAUCAAGACCCUCAACAACAAGUUUGCCUCCUUCAUCGACAAGGUGCGCUUCCUGGAGCAGCAGAACAAGGUCCUGGACACCAAGUGGGCCCUGCUGCAGGAGCAGGGCACCAAGACCGUGAGGCAGAACCUGGAGCCUCUGUUUGAGCAGUACAUUAACAACCUCAGGAGGCAGCUGGAUGGAGUCCUGGGAGAGCGGGGCCGCCUGGACUCAGAGCUGAGGAACAUGCAGGAUCUGGUGGAGGACUUCAAGAACAAGUAUGAGGAUGAGAUCAACAAACGUACCACCGCUGAGAACGAGUUCGUCAUGCUGAAGAAGGAUGUGGAUGCUGCCUACAUGAGCAAAGUGGAACUAGAGGCCAAGGUCGAUGCCCUGAUGGAUGAGAUCAACUUCAUGAAGAUGUUCUUUGAUGCGGAGCUGUCCCAGAUGCAGACACAUGUCUCAGACACAUCCGUGGUCUUGUCCAUGGAUAACAACCGCAGCCUGGACCUGGACAGCAUCAUCGCCGAAGUCAAGGCACAGUAUGAGGACAUUGCCAACCGAAGCCGAACAGAGGCUGAGUCCUGGUAUCAGACCAAGUAUGAGGAGCUGCAACAGACGGCUGGUCGGCAUGGCGACGACCUGAGAAACACCAAGCAUGAGAUCUCGGAGAUGAACCGGAUGAUCCAGAGGCUGAGAUCUGAGAUUGAUAAUGUCAAGAAGCAGUGUGCCAACCUACAGAAUGCCAUUGCUGAUGCAGAGCAGCGUGGAGAGCUGGCGCUCAAAGAUGCCAGGAACAAGCUGGCAGAGCUGGAGGAGGCCCUGCAGAAGGCCAAGCAGGACAUGGCCCGGCUGCUGCGCGAGUACCAGGAGCUGAUGAACACCAAGCUGGCCCUGGACGUGGAGAUCGCCACGUACAGGAAGCUGCUGGAGGGCGAGGAGUGCAGGCUGAGUGGAGAAGGAGUUGGACCAGUCAACAUCUCUGUUGUCACAAACAGUGUCUCUUCUGGCUACGGAGGAAGCAGCCUGGGAUUCGGCGGCGGUGGCAGCUUUGGCGGCAGCGGCUUUGGCGGUGGCCUCGGCAGUGGCCUUGGAGGAGGUGGUGGAGGCUACUACUCUAGCAGCAGCGGGGGCACUGCUCUGGGUGGUGGGCUGAGUGUCGGGGGCUCUGGUUUCAGUGCAAGCAGUGGCCGGGGCAUGGGCUUUGGCAGCGGUGGGGGCAGCAGUUCCAGUGUCAAAUUUGUCUCCACCACCUCCUCCUCCCGGAGGAGCUUCAAGAGCUAAGAAGAGCUGCUGCAAGACCCUGGCCCUCAUGGGCAGCCCCAGGCCCACGGAGAUUGCUUCCUCUAGGCAGUCACCCAGGCCUGCUCUUUCUGGAGAGUAGUCUAGACCAAGCCUACCGCAGAACCACAUGGUUUUGGUUCCUAGGAGGCAAUGAAUCCCAACCUCUGGCCUCCCAGGCCACAGUUCUACAUUGUGCUGCGAGUCAGUUUCUAGGCACCUAUAGAUGCUCUUCGAUGACACAGAUAUCCCAAGUUUUCCAGAAUGGCAGCCACCAAAACAGAAUUCUUACCCUGAAACCCACCUUACUUCUUGUUCUGACUUUCUCCAGAGUGUGUUCAAUAAAAUGCUUUUAUAAUA